CAGGUUGCGGCGCCGCUUGCGACCCAUCUCCCUUCAACUGCAUCAGAUCAGCAGCUGGCUGCGGGGUUCCAUGCCAGAGGCACAGAUGCCCUUCUUCACUCGGUUUCAGUCCCUGGAAGCUUUAGAGGUGGAACUGCAUGAGCUGACCGAGAGGUUGCAGAAGGUCUCCAGCCACAACGUUGACUUUCCGAUCCCCAUGCUGCAAAGAGCUGCUGGGGCUCACCGCAGGCUCGCGGCGGAAGUUGCCGUCUUGCGACAGCUGAAGAACUGUAUCGAACAGAGCGCUGAUGCAGAGGCCUUGACACUGGCCCUGGCAGAGGCGCAACAUGUCUUGGGCGCAGCUGAAGUGCCACUGAUGGCCAGGUGUCGAAAGCGAUUGCAGGAUCUACAACUGCAGAAACCCCUCUGUGAGGCUAUGACAGCGGUGCUGAACUCCCGGGAUGUGGUGCAAGCCCGACAGCUAGUGGAAAUGUUGCAGCAGGCCGGGUUGGACCCAUUGAGCUCGCAGUGGUUGCCUGAACUUGCCGGUGGUCAGCUGCAGACUGAGCUUUGUGCACUGGUGGAGGCCGAGGAGCUCCGCCUGCAGCGCCUGGCGCAGCAGCGCCAGGCGGCCCUGGCGCGCCGCGCUGCGGCGCAGCAGCGGCGCCUGGGCGCUGCCGCGGCGGCGCUGACGCGGCGCCUGGCCGCCGCGGAGGCGGCGCGCCAGGCGCAGCAGGCGCAACGGGAGGCGCUGGAGGCGCAGCAGCUGGUGCUGGCGGAAGAGGUGGCCGAGCUGGCCGAGAGCCUGGUGCUCUGCGACAUGCAGCUGGAAGAGCUGCAUGAGGUGCAGAGCCGCUGCUCGACCCUAGCGGAGCAGGCGAAAAGCCAGGCGAUUGGAGGUGAACUCUCUCGCGUUGCCCAGGAGCUUCAAUCUCCAGGCCCAGACUUGAUGGCACUGGCCAGUCGUCUCCGGGACGCCCGGGACGCCUCGUUGUCCUCGCGUGAGCCGGGCGGAGAGCUGGCGCUGGAUGGCUCCGGAGGCUUGCUUGAGCCGGGCAGCCAGUUGCUGAGCCAGGUGCAGCAACUCCAAGCUGCGCUGGAGCAGGAGCGCUUGAUGUCCAGUUCCUUAAAGGCGGAGCUGGAGGAGAUCAAAGCCUUGAAGGGCACAGGUCUCUUGAUCUCCUAAGACAUCUGGAAGCGGAAGCUGCUUGGGUGGUCGACAAGAUGCUGAUGGAGGAUAUGGAGCUGGUGCAAUUUUUCAGGAUAGCUUGGGAUGGCGGAGCAACGCAAGGGUACCAUGCAGAAAGGUGACUUUGGAGGUGUUUUUCCAGGAAGCUGUGCCUCUGAAAGAAGAACCAAGAAUGACCAGGAGAUGUGCAUCCUAAUUCGUGCCCAUUUGCACUGACGAAGCAGUGUCGAAGGGCAAGUCUCGCAAGUAUCGUAGCUUUCGCCGCGGUUUUCAACCACCAGGUCGUCCGACAGGAGUCUGCCGUGGACGCGUGGUACAGAGGUCUCCCAAGACUUGAGAUGGAAAGCGACCGUGUGGC